AUGGAGCAAAAGAAGCCCCUAACCUGUUUGAUCAUUGGGGAAACCCCAUCAACGCAGUUUCUUGGUUGGAGGUUGAGUUUAUCCAAUACUUUUGUUCUGUUAACAUCCCAGUACGUUUCCGUUGAUGGGCUGGUCGCUUGGAAAUCUACAAAAUUAGGCGCUAAUUUCUACACUCCGAAUAUUUUCACCAAGGAUCUGAAUGAGCUUGGUGAGAAGUUAUUAGUCACCUCCCCAGAAGGUGUUACGAAAUGUAAGUACGAUAUCGAUAUUAUUGUCGUGAGCGCAAUUUCCAUUGAGAGGUUCGAAGAUUAUUGCACCGAUUUAGUGUCCUUUUCCAACAAGAACACCAUUGUGCUUGUAAGUUCGGAUUUUGGGUGUGAGCUGGAGCCGUUCGCUUUGAAAGUCUUUGGAGACAGUUGUAAAUGCGUAUUGUCUAUUCUGUGUGAGGUGGAAUGCAGACAACUGUCGCUCGGUUCAUACGCUCUUGUCAACGACGACCAUUGCUGCAUUUAUUUGGGUGUAAGUUACAGCUCGAAAACGUACAGUCAUAACCAAAAGAUGAUUGUAAAUGCAAACUAUGUCAAUACCAGUCUAUUUGAUAACAAUACUAGUAUGGCCAAAUUCGUCAAUUUUCUGCAGAUGACCAAAUGGAUCAGCAUUCAAGAAAUGUCGCAGGAAAGCUCCAUGGCGUUAAAGAUUUGGGAAUGUUUGAUACCCAAAAUUGCAUUGAACAUUUUGACGGUCAUAUACGAGCAAUUUGAUUACGAUAUAUUGCUCGAGACGAAAAAUACGGAGACGAUAUUUCAAGAUUUGGUCAAAGAGUUAUUCACAAUCUGCAAGGCGCAAUGCCAUCAGGUUGUUCCAGUUUUCUGUCGCACUGAUGACGUUACAGGAGAUCAAAUUGAUUUUGAUAAAAUUGUAACGUAUAACAAAAAGAAGAAGAGGGAGUUGAUCAAUACUACCGCAAACGAGCACCCUGAGUAUUUGUCACUACCGUUCGAGCCUUACUGUUUUUUCCACAAGUUUGAGUAUCCCGCCCAUAUACUGUUGUACCAACCCAUUGUAUUAGCAAACCGUUACAAAGUUGAAUGCUCCAAUGUGAAUUUUCUAUUUGGGUUUUACUCAAGGCUCCUCUCGCUGAGUGGGCUGUCAAUCAAUGGCGGGCAUCACAAACGGCCCACAUCGCUCACAAUUGAGAGCAACUUUCAUAGUUUGGAGACAGAGGUCAAAAUGUCCGACGUUCGCGAGGAGCAUCAUGACAACUUUGAUACAAGUACAGGGGAGGUCGUUGGUGGCAAUGGUGUUGACUUGAAUCUGCCCUCUGAUCUGAAAAAGCUGUACUUAACUGCUGAAAACAUGGGCCAGACGAGUCAAGGUGAAGGGAGCAAGCUGAAUAAAGGAGAGGAGAAACAGGAUCGACCACUCUGUGACUUUAAACAGGAUCCAGAAUUGCCCAAGGACAGCAAAGUCUCGUUACUGAAUUCGUUACUUGAGUUCAAUUGUAACGAUUUCAACGAUACAAGUAUUGUAAAGAUUCAUCGAGCUCGCUCUCAGGGGAGGUUCGCACACAAUUUAGACAGCAGUCUGGUCCCUUAUUUUAAUAAGCAAACUCCCUCGAAACGGUCGAACGAUGCAGUACAAGCGUUUGAAGCGCAAUUGAGGAGACAUUACCACGAGCAGCUCGCCACUGAGUACAGGUCGCUGUACACGCAGCUCAUGCACCCUGAUUCUCCAACGCAACUGGAACUAAACGAUCUGAAGAGGCAGCAUUUGUCGAUCGAGUCACAGCUGUGGAGAAUGAACAGGCGGUUCAACGAGUUCCAAGGCACCGUUGCCAGGCCACUGCGGAACAGAGCUUACGAGGACCUGUUGCGGCACGUCGAGAUCCUUAACCGUGCCAAUGCAGGCGAUGUGCUCAUGUUUACAACUAGUCGGUACGGGGAGGCAGACACGUAUCAGCGGUUGAAACAGGAUGAGGAAAAGAUUCUUGAGUUGUUCAAGAAACGGUAG